AUGAGCAUCUUCAGCAGUGAGGAGCAUGCCUUGUCCCUAUCCCCUGAGUGCCACUUCUUAAAAAACGAAAAAGGUCAAUAUAUAUCUUCAUUUCAUGAUAUUCCCAUUUAUGCAGAUAAGGACAUGUUCCACAUGGUCAUCAAGGUAUCACGCUUAACUAGUGCCAAAAUGGAGAUUGAUACCAAGGAUCCUUUAAUUCCAAUUAAACAGGACGUGAAGAAAGGAAAACUUUGCUUUGUUGCAAAUUUGUUCCCUCAAAAGAGUUACAUCUGGAACUACAGAGCCAUCCUGAAGACUUGGGAGGACCCAGGAUUCAAUGACAAGCACACUGGCUGCUGUGAUGACAAUGAUCCAAUUGAUGUGUGUGAAAUUGGAAACAAUGUCUUCGACAAGGUGAGAACAUGGGUCUUCAGCUUAUUGACCAUGAUCAACAAGGGGGAAACCAACUGCAAAGUCAUUGCCAUUAACACAGAUGAUCCAGAUGUCAAUUGUAAUGAUGUCAAUCCACUGAAACCUGAUUACCUGGACACCACUGUGGACUGGUUCAGAAAGUACAAGAUUUCAGAUGGGAAACCUAAGAACAAGUUUGCUUUCAACACUCAGUUAAAAAUAAAGAAUUUGCAACUGAUAUUAAUAAAUAUCAAAUUUGUUCGCUAUUUAGAUAACGACCAUUGGAUAGCAUCAGUCACUAUGAAAACAGAUGGAAAAGGCAUCAGCUGCAUGAACACGACAGUGGCUCAGAGCCCCUUCCAAUGCAAUGCUGAGGCUGCCAAUGCCACCGUGGACGCUUCACCACCAUGUUGUGAAACUGCCUUCAGAGAACCAGCAGUUGUGCACAAGUGGUUCUAUCACCAGAAGAUCUGA